GCCGCCGGCGGGCUCGCUUCGGCGGCGCAACCGGCAGGUGCGGACGUCCUGGAGCUCAGUCGGCUUUGGAAGCUCGACGGUAGCAGGGAGCGGCGCGUGCCGAGUCUGCGUCUUUUGUCAACUGAGAAGAAUUGGCUCGAGAACAAAGAGGACAAAAGGAACGAGAAGCCGUUUCGCGGCUUCGGAAGCGAUUUCGGGGUCCGAGCGGCGAGCUAGCCGCAUUAGCAUGAGCCGAUCGGUCGCGUCGGCUUCCUGAUGAGUUGCUGACACCCGAGUCGGGUCGAUCCAAAGUCCACUCGGUCCGUCUUGACGACAAACAGGCAGGCAAAGUCCUCGCGUGUGCACUUCGGACUCGAAAGGUUCUGUCGAAGCCCACAAGACGAAGAACGGAGAUGAUGAUGAUGAUGUAGACCUGAUGCCUGCCUGCACCUUUUUCCUCUCCGUCGCCGAACCGCAAGAACCUUUUUCGAGCUUCUAUUUCUGUCCUAUUUCUUCGGGAUCCUCGCAACUCUGCACGAGACUUCCCGGAAGGCCGCCGGCCGUCGUCCCGCCAUGACCCGGGCGCUCCCGCAGCUCGUCCCGCGGCUGCUGCUGCUGCUGCUGCCGGCGCUGCUGCCGGCCCGCUCGGAACCCGAGCGCUGCUUCUCCAGGCAACACCCGAACGCCGUCGUCAACGCUCGGGCGGCGCUCGCCGGCGCCGCCGUCAGUGUCCGGGCCCUGGCGUCGGAGCGGGACUGCGUGCUGGCCUGCUGCUCCCAGCCGGGGCGGCCAGGUGAGCGCAACGCAACGCAACGCAACGCAACGCCGCCGCCGCCGCCGCCGCCGCGUCAUCGCCGUCUACCCGUUUGCGCAGGCGCCCAGUGCGACGUGGCCGUGUUCGACGGCAACAAGCGCGGCGGCGAGGCCAACUGCUUCCUGUACCGCUGCCCGGGCCGGCGCGACUGCCCGCUCGCGGAGGCGCCGCCGGGCGUGAGCACCUACGACAUCUUCAAAGGUGCGAGCCACCCGAGUCCUCUCCGUCCCGUCGGCACGACGACCGGCGCCGGCCGACCGCUCGCCGUGACGACUGCCGUCGGCGCCGCCCCCGUUCCGGGAACCGCCGCGACGGACGCCGCGUCCGCCGGGACCGGCGAAAAGACCGGCAAAAAACUCGACAAGACAAAAACCACCAAAAAGACAAAAAGUCAUCCGGCCAAUGAGGAGGCGGGGUCUAAGACAGCUGACAAACGGCCCACAAGUGCUCCACCUGCGACUGCGCCUAUUACCGCCACCAUGACUCCGCCCCCUACGACCAUCACUUCCCCCCCUAUGACCGUGACUCCUCCCGCGACCAUCGCGGCGACUCCCACUAUAAAAUGCACUCCGCCUCCCCCGACUGCGACUCCUCCCACAACUAAGACUCCCCUUGCUACUGCCACUAUGACUCCUCCUACCACAACCCAAACUCCGCCUCCUCCAAGCACAACUUCGACGACGACUGCCGUGACUCCUCCUCCUGCCACUGUGGCUCCACCUCCUAAAACCGCGACCCCGCCUCCUACAACUUUGACCACGCCCACUCCGUUGACAUCCAGCAGUAGGCAGAGUCAGAUGUCCGACGCGCUCGUCGGUCCCCACGGCGACGCCUUCCAGAACGCCAGCGUGAAAACGGCGUCGGGGGCGGGGCCUUCGAAGAGCGGCGCGGCGGUGUUCCUGGCGGUGGGCGUGGCCGUGCUGCUGCUGGCCUUGGCGGCGGGCGGGCGCAAGGCCAUGGAGUCCUUCGACAGGCGCCAUUACACCAGGCUGGAGCUCAACGACCUCCACUACGACCUGUGAACCGGCGACGCCGCGCCGCGAUUGGCCGCCGAACGCCUCGGCCCGUCUCGAUUGACGGCAACCGACGACGGCGGGACGUGCCGCUAUCACGUGACCGUAGCGAGUUGGUCUCGGGCGGCCAAUGGGGAGACACGUUGACGUGAGUCAUGAGUAUUUGCGAUGUGUCCAAACUCAGGAAGAUGACAUUUCUGGGCCUGCUGCGGCGCAAGCUGGCAGUCCGGAUUACGAUUGCUCAUACUUAUAUCUUAUUUCCCCCCGUCCCCAAAGUACAGCUCGCACCGUUUCACAGAGCCGCACAAAUGAGGAACCAAAAGAUGCCUCUCGGCUGUACUUUGAUCAGAAUUGUUGUUUUUUUGUAUGAAUUCCGUGCUACCGUGGCGACAUAUAAUCGUCCCAAAACGACGCAUUAACUGCCAUUGAGAAUGAAUGGGCCGCCGUCCAUUCCCACGUUGAACAGAUUUGACAUACUGUACUUUCCUCCUCCUCCAACUUUUCUUGACCAAAUUAGACCCUUCCAUCAAUAUGUUCAGCAACAUUUUUUUUUCCAUUUUCCAGAAUAAAAGACCCAAAUUACGAUUUCUUUUUUGGCCUUCUGUACUCAUUGGAAAUGAGAGCAUUUAAAGACUUUCUUUUUCAUUGAGAACAAAGGUUUGAAUAGUUCUCCAAGUCAAGUGUUGACAAAUGCACUUUUUGGACUCGCAACAGUCAGCGGGCCCAUUCAAAAUUUCUGCACGACUUUUGCAGUCGAGUUCCUAAUAACUGUCAUAAUAACCAUACUGGUCUGUCAUUUCAUCACCUGCAUGUCUUCUUUCUGCCUACACACUCACUAAACACACACACACUUUGGAUGUAACACACAUUUUAAGCUGAACACUUUCUGGUAUGAAUGACUUUUUCUGGAGCUUUUCUUCGUUGUUCCUACUCCGCAGUGUCACCCCUUGACCACACGGUGGCGGCAGCAGCGGGCCCAAUCACUCGCCCCCCCCCCCCCCACCCACACA